AGGUGCAUCAGGGUUGAAAAAUGAACGGAUUCGGGGCAGGGGCGCUGCGUGCGCUCCUCCUGCUCCCCUGGCUGAGUGCGACUCUCGGCCAGGAGUCCCUGUGCGACCAAACCGAUCCCAGGACCAUCUACGAGUUCCAGGAGGAACUCCUCGACGGCUCCAGGAAUGUCAGCCUCUCCGAGUUCCGCGGGAAGGUGGUGCUGAUCGUGAACGUGGCGACGUACUGA